CUGUAGUAUUUCCACAGUAACUAUUCUUGGCCGUUUUUUUUUCAACCCGCUGCGGUGCAUUUCAAACCUGACGUCACUUCCGUCCCCCUCUCUCGCUUCCAUCUUGCUCUCCGCGUGUGUUUGCUGCUAGCGUGCAGAUGAAAGAGACAAUAAUGAACCAGGAGAAAUUAGCCAAACUGCAGGCGCAAGUGCGCAUCGGUGGAAAGGGCACUGCACGCAGAAAGAAGAAGGUUGUACACAGAACCGCUACUGCAGAUGACAAGAAACUUCAGUUUUCUUUGAAAAAGUUGGGCGUCAAUAACAUCUCCGGCAUUGAGGAGGUGAACAUGUUUACAAACCAGGGAACAGUGAUCCAUUUCAACAACCCCAAAGUGCAGGCUUCACUGGCAGCCAACACCUUCACUAUCACAGGCCAUGCUGAGACCAAGCAGCUCACAGAAAUGCUGCCAUCUAUCCUCAAUCAGCUCGGUGCCGACAGCUUGACCAGUCUGAGAAAACUCGCUGAGGCUCUGCCCAAACAAGCUGGUGAUGGAAAGGCACCAGUGGCAGCAGGAGAGGAAGAUGAUGAUGAAGUUCCAGAUCUUGUGGAGAAUUUCGAUGAGGCAUCAAAGGAUGAGGCGAACUAAAUCAAAGGAGAGACAGACGUUCAGAAUCUGCAAACUCAGCUGGGCCAUGUGGGACUCCCUCUUCCCCUCACUUUGAACAGUUGUUUUGGUUUAUAUUUUUGAAAUGUAUUGCAACCCACUUUUUUUUUUUCCCUUCUUGUGCACUGCUGUGUUCCCCCUGUGUCCAAGCUGAGUGUAACAGGUGUGUCUAACCACACAAAGUGAUGUAGUGUGUUUGUAGGGCCCCCAGGGCAUCUUGCCCGUCUCUCCCUGCUACUAAGACUCUCCUUCGCGGCCUAGCUGAAACCCACAUCUGGAAAUAAACAUUUGGUAUUGAACUUAAUAAAUAAAACACUGCCUUGUCUCA